CGGUCCCGACAGGGUGUCCCGUCCCGGCCGGCCUAGCCGACGUCGUCCUUGUUCGGCUCCGCGACGCCCUCGUCCGUCUCGACGCGCGUCGCGCCUCGUCGCCGCGCCUCGCCGCGCCGUGCGUCUAGUGGAUCGUGCGUCGCCAUGGUGUCACUCCCUCCGUGAAGCAGUGUCGUGCUGUCGCCGCUGUCAGUGCGUCGCGGUGUGUGUUUGAGUGUCCCCGCGGACCGGCGCGCCACGCGUGCACCGGCACUUCGGUUUAGGCCGCCACCGGCCGCCACACCCUGCAGGGCCUGCGGCUGCAGAUCGCCUCUGACAGGCCGAGGAGUCGCUGAGGCAACCCCCGGGACCGCGGAAUAAGACCAGCUCGAAGAUGAAGCUGUGCCGCGUCGGCAACCAGACCAACUCCCCGGACCCCAUCGCCGUCAACUCCAGGGUCUUCGUGGGCAACCUCAACACCUUCCAGUGCUCCAAGGCCGAGCUGGAGCGCAUGUUCCAGCGUUACGGCCGCAUCGCAGGCAUCUCCAUGCACAAGGGGUACGCCUUCGUGCAGUUCGCCAACGCGUUCGACGCCCGCAGCGCGUGCCUGGGCGAGGACAAGCGGGUCGUGCUGGGCCAGACGCUAGAUGUAAAUUUGGUGUCUGAGCCGAAGGCUCACCAAACUGGUAGAAAGAGGCAAAAUAUAACGAAAACUGGGAACGACUGGGACUAUUACUAUGAUAGCUACUACGCCUCCGUGGGGCUGCCGACCGGGCCGCCGCCCCCACAGAGAUUGCCGCCGCCCCCGGGGCCGCCCCACAAGCGGCCGCGCCUCAUGGUGCCGCUGGGCAGCCCCAAGCACGCGCCGCCCAUCAACGGCCACCUGCCCAUGGGACUGGCGCACGCCGGCCAUGGCCACGGCCCGCACGCCGCCCUGGUGCAGGGGCCGCCGUCGCCGCCCCUCAACGGCCACCACCCCGCCGCCAUCAACGUGUUCAGCAACCCGGACAUCCUGAUAUGCGGCAACUGCCGGGAGAUGUACACGGACCUCCAGGAGCUGCUGAGCCACAAGAAGGCGCACUGCAAGCUCCGCUUCGCCUGCAAAUGUCACACGCUCCCGGAAGGCAAAUCCAAUCACGAGGCCACGCUGCUGUGCUCGUCGUGCCGGGCGAGCUUCUCGUCGGCCUGGGACCUAAUGGUGCACGUGCAGGCCGCGCACAUGCUCAACAUCUACCAGCUCGGCAUGCCGGCGGACCAGGGCGACCGCGCCGCCAGGAGUCCCACCCCUCCCUCGGGAUCGGGAGGCCAGUCGCCGCGGCAGUCGCCGCCACCGAACCUCCAGACGACGGCGCUGUCGGCGCUGCCCCCUGGGCUGCCCGCGCUGCCCUCGGCGCUGCAGCAACAAGUGGACCAAACUCUUUUAUUACCGGCCGCCCAGCUGUCGCCACAGCCUCAUCAGGAUCCUCAUCAGGAGCAGCAAACAGCCACACAAGCGACGACGCUGGACCAUCUGAUCGACUCGGCGAACGCGUCGCCGGCGCCGCCAUCGCCGUCAGUGCCGCCCUCGCCGUCGGCGUCCUCGUCCUCGGAGGUUGACGAGCUGCCGGUGCCGCUGCAGGACGUGGCCGUCGCCUCCCCCACCGCGUCCUCGUCCUCGGACCAGGACAUGGCGGUCACCUCCCUGGCGUCCCUCGCCACCCUCACCUCCCUGGCCACCGCCACCCUGCAGUGCAACCUCAAGGCCGUGGAGAAGGACGACGACGACGUGGAGGCGUUGCUGUCGGCGUCCCCGGAGCCGCAGCCCGAGUCCGCCUGGGAAGCCGUCACCCAGCACGUGUGAAGCCCGCGGGGCCACCUUCCUGCACCACGGGGGCCUGCACCGGGGCCUGCACCCCGCCACAGCCUAGGGGCGUUUCACAUUCGUAGACGCAAUUUCUUCCCGAUUUCGAAUUUCCCGCGCGCCGCUGUAGGAGCUUUUACAAUGUGCAUCACACCAGUAGGGGACGCUGCAUAGAGAGGAAACAAACUAUUCUAGUUUUACGUUUUAGGGUGCUAGGGCCACUGAGUCUGUGUGUGCGUGAGUGUGUGUGCGUGCUGUGUGUGUGCGGCUGGUUGUAGGGGAUCUCUUGUCUGGCUCUCGACUGCAAUUGUGUUGUGUUGAUGUAUUGAUGUGAUCGCCCUUCCCUGUCAUUGAUCUUGUCACGUCACUUCUUCUGUCGUUGGGCCGCUCUGCCACUCUCACUGAGACGGACAGCCCAGCGGCCUAGCCCGGCCCUGCUGCUCAAUCCCAACAACCAAAAACAGAUAGGGGAAAAAAAAAACAGAUGAAAAAAUGUGAUGAAUCCCUCAGCUGUUUGCGUUUCCAACAUCAGCUCAAAGGUAGAGGAAUAGCGUGAUGAAUCAUCUUUGUGACUGAAGUGUCACUUUUGUUCAAAGGGCCUUCUUGAUUCCGGGGUUGGCGAGGAAUUCGUCGUUUCGGGGUAAAUGGGAGCUCUAGAUUGUAUUCCAGAUAUUUUAUUGAGCAACUGUUGCUAGCUACCAAGAAUUAUUUUCUUAUAUUCAUGUAGACAUAAAAUUUGUGAAAUUAUGGAGGUGCAAGGUACAAUGAUACCGUGGUCACGCGAGCUAGUCAAAAAAUUAUAUUUUGAACCUCGUGAUAAAUUGAGGAGGUUCACUUUGUUUUUCGCACUUGUUGUAAUUUAAAAUUUAAGUUUUGAUGCAUUUUGUGUGUGUUGUUGUCCCUUAGGUAUUACGUUAUGUGAUGAGAAACGAGUUUUAGUAUCAUUUUCCAUUCGUUUUGAAUGCGUGUCAGCUGUCUCUUUUCAAGGGAACCUGAUUGUAUUUCUGUGCCUUUGUGAUAGUAUCUUCCUUAUUAAUUGUAAAGCAUAUUCAAACCCACUGUUGCUACUGGAGUAAACGACAGAAUAUUGAGACAUAUCAUAAAAUAAAGAUUUACUCGAUAUGAUAUCUAUGCGUAUAGAAAACCUGUUUUAAAUCUGUAACAUUUCUCUCUGAACCUCGACCCACUUCUCGCAAAGCAAAAAAAUAUUGUCUUUAUCGAAAAUACAUGGAUGAAACCGCA